CGGUGUUGUGAUCCCUGUUUUGUGUGGGUAGCGGUGUUGUGUGUCCUUGUCACGCUGGGGUUGCUUGUCUUCGUGCUGUUAGCCAUCAUCUUCUUGCUUGUGUUGUUUACGAUUUCUGUGUUGCUGGGAGGCAAGUAGACGAGGUUGUUCGUGAUCUUGUCAUGAAAGGGGGGCGGUGGACACACGACCUCAGCAGGUCAUACGGCGACUGGAGACCUCCGCCACACGGGGCAAGGGAUGACGGUGGCAGCUUCUCAUCACAGUUGAGCCAAGGUCUGUCACAAAUCAACCAGGACACAGGGAUGACAGCACGCGCACCUCCAUCACCUUUUGCUGUUGGUCAUUUGCCGGAAUGGUCGAAGACCCCCAUCCCCCCGGAAAGGAUGGGGUCACCAUUCCAGUCCUCAUACACGCCACCUGCAUCGUCGUUGUCCACCCCUCAUGGUGGACAUCAGCACUUCAGCAGCCCGACGAUGCCGACGGUCGUUCCGCAGCCGCUGUCCAUGCAUCCACCACGUGUCUCGGCCGUUUCCCUACCAACAGCACUAUCAAUGGAUGGAGCAAGGGAAUCACAUGCGGAGUGGUCAUGGACGCACUCGCAUUCUGCCAUGCCAUCAACUGGUGACAAUAGCAAUGGCACGGACAGUCGGUGGGCAGUGUACGGGCAGAUGGUGAGUGGCCAUCGUCCGUCCAAUGAGGGAGUAUCGAGCAUGAAGCCUCACGACAAUGACGGGGGAGCAUUGCUGCAGGAUUACGGUCGUCGACGACCGAGGACCGAAUCUCCCACCUAUCGAGACAUGCGAGACAUUACUUUGUCACCUCCCCUUAGAUCGUCGAACCUUUCUCCGCGAUGUGCGGUCGACAUGGAUGGUGGUGAUGACGACAUGGACGGACUGGACAAGGCGUUGGACAAGGCCGUUGGUGUGCUCGCGAAGGCGAGCACCGAAGGAGCGAAUGUUGUCGCUGGCAAGAUAGGUGACAUGGCCACCCAGAUUGGUGAGGUGGCGACCGCCAUGCAUAAGGGAAAUGCGGUGCUGGAGCUGCUGGUGGGUGUCAUGGCACGACGAGGGAGCACCGACGGAGGGCGAUAACGAGACAAUGAUAGUUCGUGGCGUUGGGAACGGUACGGUUUCCGAGGCGUUUAUAUAUAUAUAUAUACAGUUGCCUGGAACCCGUGCCCGUUUUCC